CAAUUCUCAUUCUAACAGUUAAAAAAGACGGUUCUAAAUCUAUCCAUGGCUCCCCAACACUUUUCCAACACAAUCGUUUUUGUUGCAAUGUUAGCCUUAUUUUCUGCCUUUGCGAUGUUGUUACUUUCAUCAUCAGCUACUUCAACUUCACCAUCGCCGCCACCAAAUAACUCCGGGCUCCUCCAGAAGAAAGUUUCCGACGACCCCUCAGUAGUCCUGAAGCAAAAAUUUAAGAAAUUCAUGCAAGACUUUGGUAAGAAUUACACCAGCAAAGAGGAAGAGGACAGGAGAUUUAAGAUCUUCAGGGAAGCCUUAAGAGAUAUCGAGGAAAGGAAUGACAGCAGUCUGGGGAUAAAUUAUUUCGCAGAUUUUACAGAUGGAGAAUUUACAUCUUACGGGAGCUGCAUAGAAAUUCCGGAGGAGGCAUUAUUAGCAGGAGAUGAUGAACGCAGUUAUAAUCAGUCUGAUUCUCUUGAGAUUCCAGAUGAUCACAUCCCUUCUGCCAUAGACAUGAGAAGGCCAGAUCUUGUAACACCCGUGAAAGAUCAAGAACGUUGCGGUUCGUGCUGGGCGUUUGCGACGGUAGCCGUUGUUGAGACGUAUACAGCAAUCAAAACCGAUGAGCUGAUUUCUCUGUCGGAGCAGGAGUUGGUGGACUGCGCCGGAAGAGCCCGUGGUUGCGUAGAAGGCAGUGUAGUAAGGGCUUUAGAAUUUGCAAAAACAAAUGGGAUCGCGGCUUGGAGCAAAUAUCCUUACUAUGGGUUCCAAGGUUCUUGCGGCGCCCCUUGGCAUGACAGUGUGGCUAAAAUUGACAGAUACGAAAGAGUCCUCCCCGCUAAUGAAAAUGCUCUGAUGAGAGUUGUGGGUGGAUACGGGUUGCCGGUGGUGGUCAAUAUUUGUGCCAACGACACUUCUUUUCAGAGAUACACCGGCGGACUUAUAAGGUCGGAUUGCGAGCCGAAUGAAACGAUGUCGCAUUCUGUUGCCAUCGUUGGAUACUUCACCAGCCCUAGUAGUAAUGUGGAGAAUUAUUGGAUCAUCAAAAAUUCUUGGGGAACUGGUUGGGGUGAAAACGGAUACGGGCGGAUCAAAAUGGGACUAAACCUUCGUAAGAUUGCUAGCUAUGCAUGGUUGCCUGUCCCCAACUGAAAUUUAGAUAGUUAUUAUACCCUCUAUGUCUCGGAAUGAUUGUACAAUCAUUUUGGGGCUACCAAUAAAUAUAUACACUGAGGUACGAUGAACUGUAGCAGGGAGUCUGUUGUAAUCAUCCUCAUUAACAUUUUAUAUUAAAAUAAUAUAAAUAUUACGAAUUAGAGAUCGUGAUCAACAUUUAGGAAAAAGAAGCAAAAAUCUCCUUAAUUAUGUCCAAAAGAAAAACAC